GCCGAUGCACAAGUGAUUAAACAAAUCAGCUGGGUAUAUAAACUGAUCCGAGCUGCGGAAACCAAAACAAGCCUUUUCCUCCGACCCGCUCCUUACUGGCAUAAAAGCACAGCUGCUCUACAGCUCAGGGGUCUGGCCCCCACACUUGUUCUUCAGGGAGGAGCCUCACGCUUUGCAUUUUUUACCUUCCCUUCAUUUCUCCCUUAUUUUCUGGAACAUGGGUGACCACAACAGAAUGUUGUCGCGUCCCAUAUUUCGCCGGGAUGUCAGCUGGGACCCUUUCCCCAACUGGACACAGCCAAGCCGCAUCUUUUCACAGGAUUUCGGCCUCCCUCCUUUCCUGGAGCCCAGUGAUCUGGACUGGCUUGACUGGGCAAAGAAGAGACUAACUACUUUUUCCUGGCCAGGAUUUGCUCAAAGCCCACUUCUGCCUCCCUUCACCGGUCAACACCCUGCAACACUGGACCAAAAGCAUCGGAGACAACUUACAGGUGGAGUGUCGGAGAUCCAAACCGGCCAGAAUAGCUGGAAGAUAAACCUGGACGUCAACCACUUCUCACCUGAGGAGAUCACAAUCACGACUAAGGAGGGUUACUUACAAAUAUCAGGAAAUCAUGAAGAGAGGCAAGAUGAACACGGAUCAGUCUCAAGGUGCUUCACUCGUAAAUACAAGUUACCGGAGGGGGUUGAUUUGCAGCACAUCAGUUCAUCACUGUCUGGUGAUGGCGUCCUGUCCGUGGAAGCUCCCGUCCCUGGGACUGCCAAAAGUAACCAGGGCAAUGAGCUUGUCAUACCAGUUCAGAUCAGAAAGACACAGGAUGGCGAGAAGUGAACCGAGUGAGCAGAAACUGCAGUAGCCAAAGCUUUGUGUAGCACCAUCUGUAGGACUGACACAAAAAACUGAAAUACAAGACAGAUGCACUUAAUAUUGAUUCACUUAGCUUGUUGAUGCUUCUAUGCUCAGAUUCAGAUUCAUCAGUGUCAAACCGAAAUUGCAGUGUUUUUUUUUCCGUUUGAAGCAGAGAAACAAAGUGUGGUACAGGUUAGUUUUCUGAGUAUGCACUGAAACCAUGUAUGGUGUUGCCUUGAAUAAAGAAUAAUUGUGCCUUUGGAGUUUCCACAAUAUCAUAAAAUCCUAAUCAAAUGUUUUGAAGAAAUUUUGCUGCAUGAAUACAAGAAAAUAACUAAAUGUUUUUUCUUAAAACGAUUACAAAAUGUUAUUUAUGUUGCACAUUCAUUGUACAAUAUGAGGCCAUGAACAAAUAAAAAAACACAUAUAUAAAAAACAUUUCUGCACAUGCAUGAAAUGUAAACAUGGUUGUGAUCAUUUCACAGAACACAAACGAUUUUUUCUGGUAGGGUAACGUCCUCUUUGGUGUGCUGCUGCCUUCAAAAGAUCAACGGUGACAUCUAGUGUGGGUAGAGAUUACUACAUAACGAACAGUCGUUAAGCUUGAGAAGCAUGAACUGCUUUUACACUAAAAAGAGAUGUCACCCAAAACCUUUGCAUAUCUAGGCAAUUUGUGCACUAUUUUGUUGAAAAUAAUGUGAGGAAAAUGGAGUCAGGACAAAAAAAAAGGUUUUGACAGAUUAUCUGAAAGUGAUCCACUGAAGGACUAUGGGAGGAAAUACCCUCAAAUUCUAUUUUUACCUAAGGCAAUGUUUCAAUUUAUAAUGACAUAUGUUCCAGAUAAAUUGUUGAACAACGCAGUGAAGAAACAGAUAUAUGAACUCGACUAAUUUUGUCCCUCUUCUACAGUCACCUUAAUGAAAGGUGAGGCAAAAGAUAGAGACGAUAUCAAAGUCAUCUCACAAAUGAAGAUGAACUGAGAUUAAAAUGAUAGUUAAAUGUUAUGAUACAAUUUGCACGUUUGCUCAAACUGUUACUCAUCACCCUCAUAGUGGUCAACGUAGUCGAUGUAGCCCAUAUAGCAUAGUGCUACAACAACUACUGUAAUUGUUGGCAGCAAGCACUUGGUGACAGUGGGAGGGAAAUAAAAAA